UCUUUCUUCUCAAUUCUUCACACCCAUUCUUCACACCUUUUCUCUUUACUACUACUAUUGUCACCCCUUUUAUUUUUUCAAUAUUAUUUAAUCUCGCAUUGUUGCGUAACUUUUUUAUUAGAUUUGUCGAGAAAUGGAAGAGUCUCUCGUAUAUUUUUUCUUAUUCAAUUCUCAAACUAUUAAAAAAUUUUUCUUUUAAUUUCCACUAACUAAUCCUCUCGAAUUACAACCUUUUUAAAAUUUUUGGGGAGCUUCCCGCGUGUUAAAAAUUUUUUUUUAAUAUUUUUUCCGGAAAUGUAUGCUUUUUUUGGAAUAUUUUCUUAUAUUUUUGUAACAAAAUUUUACUUGCAUUUUCCUUUUUUAAAAACCUUUUUUUAUUUUUUAGCAAAACAUUUAUUUUUUUAAUGGCUGACUCUAAAGUCUUUUUUUUAAUCUUUUUCUUUUCCCGUCUUUUUUCUCGUUAUUUUUUUUUGUCUAUACACACCGCCUUUGAUUUCACAAUAUUUGGCAGCAAAAAUGAAAGUUGGGGGUAGAGUGUUUCGCAAUUUUUGAAUCAUCAUCAUUUUUGGCAAUUGAUUCAUUGGCUCUUUCAUUUUUAAAAUUUUUUGGGGGGAUGUUUUGGCAAUUUGCUUUCAUUAAAAAAUUAUUUUGCUUCCAAAAAUUGUUGAUUUUUUUUCCUAAUUAAUUUAAAAAAUUUUUUCCUUAUAUUCUCGAUUUUUUUUAGAUUUUUUGUGUUUCUGGUCACUAUUAUGUUUUAUUAUUAUAUUUUUUCUUUUUUAUAAAUGCUUCCUUAUUACCCUCUAGCAACCUUUUUUGUGGUAAAUUCCAACAUUUUCUCCCCGUUUUUUUGUCCGAAUAAAAAGGAAACGAAGGAAAGAAUGCGUGCAAAAUGUUAUAUAACAAUAAAUAUAUAUAUUUUUAGUUUUGAGUGAUAGAAGAAGGAAAAAACCGAUGGAAAGGCCGGCUGGUGCGUUCUUUUCUUCUCGUUUCUCCCUCAAAAAUAUAAAAUGAUUACACACGCAAAUGUGUGCAUUUUUCUUCAUAUUUUUUCCUCCAAACAACCACC